GUUUCCAAGCCCUUUGAAGCUGGUGAUGACAAGCACGGCUAGGGUGUCAAGGGCGCUCACAUCAACUUCACAGUAAUCUCAGCUGGCAGGAUGGCAGAGUCUGCAGUUGAGCCAGCAGCUGAAUCAACGGUGCCGGAUCCGUUUGCAGCACUGGAACGGGCGGCUACUCAUCUUGCAAGCUCUUCGGUGAAAGAGCGCAUCAGUGUCUUUGAUGCUAGCCUUGCAUCUGCUGUCGCGAAUGAAGACUUUCCGCUUGACGAAAAGGCCGGCGAGUUCGUGGCGCUCAUCUUCCGCACCCUGCCGCUGUACGACGACCGCAAGUCUCAGGCUGCAGUCGACCGCGUCCUCUUUGACGCCAUCAACAGGGAGCCAGCAUUCGUCAAGGCAUUUGCCGGAACGCUUGUGCAGACUGUUGAGAAGAACCAUAACAGCAUUGGGAACAGGGGGCGCUUCAGGCUGCUGCAAUGGAUCUCGCUCUUGAUCCGCACAAGUCCUGACAUAGCAAAAGCAAAAGGGGCAUUUCUGAGGCUGGCCGGCGCGCUGGCGGUGUUGCUGACGGAUCUGCUCCGUGGAGGGGAGCGGUUGUGGAGAGUAGCGGAGCGCCACUUCAAGAUGCUGCCGGUGGAAGUUCCCGCAUCUGUCCCUGUCUUUCUAGAGGUUGUGGGUGGAGACAAGGCGCCUACGGGCGUCUUGGGGCUUGUCCUAGCCCUCCUGGACUAUGCGCAGAGCAAGGAGGCGCUUCUGGAAGAAAAGAAGGCCCUCUUCCUCGACUUGUACGUCAAGACGGUUUUGAGCAGCAAGGACAAGCCAGCCCCCUUCUUCAGCCAGGCCUUCCGGCCGCUCCUCAAGCGCCUCUCUCACGACGACUUCACGUCGUCCAUUCUCCCGACCGCCGUGCGCAUGCUGCGGCGCAGCCCCGAAGUCGUCAUCGAGGCCAUUCGCGAUCUGGUGGAAUCGGUCAGCUUAGAUUUGAGCAAGCACGCGCUCGAGCUUUUGCCUCCGCUGCUCCAGCACGUGCGGCAUGCGGACGAGAGCUUCCGGACGAGUGCGGCCGACGUGGUGCGGGGUUUGGCGGCGCAGAGCAGUGACUUAGACGUGGUGGAAAAGAUGUUCGAGGCAGCCAAAGCGCUUUUGGGAGGUUCGGAGGGGAAGUUGCCCAACUGGUACCAGCGGGCAGGCGUCGUGACAGCGGUUAAUGCUCUGGUGGCGGCCCCGGGAUCGACAAAGUCGGUGGCGCCGCUGGCGGCAAAGGUUUCUAACUACCUUAUGACGUUUUACAAGUCGGAAGGUAACGAAGAUGUCCGAUUGAUCGUCCUGAGCACCCUGGGCGGUUGGCUGGCCCGGUCGGGCGCCAGCAUGCCUGCGGAUGCUGGGGCGUUUUUCAGCGCGGGGCUCAAGGAGAAGGAGACGCUCCGACGAGCGCACCUCCGGGCACUGCGCAAGGCGACCACCAGCAGCGACGUGAAUGAGAAGUUGCUCUUGCUGGCGGACCCCCUGCUUGCGUUGGUGAAAGGCGCGGUGGCCAAGGCUGCGCAGCGGCUCGAAGGCAUCUACUCCAUGCUGCUGCUCUGCCGGUUUAGUUCGCUGGACGCAGCGCUCGAGGACAAGAUCGUCAAGGAGAAAGCCUGGACCUCCGUCCUACAGAAAGACUCGCCCUUCAUUUCUUCCACACUGGUUUCCAAGCUGUCCACAGAAGACACCCUUGCCCUGGCGGACCUCCUCGGAAGCAUCGUGCUCCACCACCAAAGCAGGGUAGCGCAGUCUGCGGACGGUGCACAGGAGCUGUACAAGACUCUCGUCCUGCUGCUGGUGCAUCCUGCUUGGGACGUCCGCCGCACAGUCACGGCUACCAUUGCGCGCACUCAUGCCAGCUCGACGAGCAUUGCGGAGCCUCUCCUGGACGGCUUUGUCGCGUGGCUGCCCGUGUUUGAGCACCGGCUGAAAGCCUCCAGCGAGCCCGCAGAGAGUACCGACAAAAGCACCGACAAGAGCUCCGACAAGACGGUUGACAGCGCAGCUCCUCCCCCAGGCCUGCUGGCCAAGGCCUUGAUCGCCAUUUCCAGCCCAGCUCUAGUUUCCAGCCCCGAGAAGAGCUGCGAGCUGUUUGUGGCGGCGCAUCAUCCGGUCGUGGCGCGAGGCAGGCGGAAGGGCUCCGUUUGGCGGGCGCUGAGUCGAGGCCUCAAGAAGCAAGGCGGGGACGUCAACGCCCUAAUGGCUUCCAACGCCGAAACGCUGACCCAGGUCCUGCUCGGACCGCACGGGCUGACCAGCCGGCGCUACUCCAACAGCCGGGCCGCUGUCGCAGGGCUCGCCACAGCCAUGCAGAUCUUCCCCGGCGACUUCUUUCCCCACCUUUUCUCCGCACUCGAAAAGCUGGGAGAUCGCAACCUGCACGAUGCUUUGACCGAGAGGGACGUCAAAAUCUUCAACACGCCUGACGGCAUCCUGUCGACGGAGGAGGGCUUGUACAAAGCGGAGGUGGUGCAGGACAAGAACCGGCGAGGCGCGCGCGGGCGCUUCAAGAUGUAUGACGACGACGAUGAUGAGGAUACAAGUUCGAAGAAGCCGGAAAGCAAGCCGGCAGUCCGGCCAAGCUUGGCAACAGGCAAGAAGGAAAGGCCGGGGCAAAAAGCAGAGAAGAAGACGGCGAAGGAGGAGUUCCGGGAACAGCAGCUCAAGGAAGAGGCGGAGAUCCGGGCGCGGCUGCAGCAGAUUCAGGAGACGCUCUCCCUCGAACUGGAGGCGCUGGGGACGGCCGCCAUCGCCAACCGAGACUUCGCCCACGACCAUCUGCCUCAACUGGUGGAAGAGGUGCGCCCCUUGCUCCGCAACCCCCUCGUCGAUGGCGACGCAUACGACACCACCUCCCAGCUGGCGCAGUGCGUCUACCCCCCGCUGCGCUACCUCUCUUACGACAUUGCCACGGCGCUCCGCCUGGUGACCACCGAUCCAGCCCACGUGGUCGGACAGCUGGCAAGCGGACCUGCGAAGAAGGGCAAGCAGGAGCAGUCGACGGUGGAACGAGUCACGGCGGGGCUGGUGGCCGCGACGCAAGAAGGGCCCCUGCCGACGCCGACGUUCGGAUUUGUCUGGCCGGUGCUGGAGCAGGUGUUGCUCGCGGACAAGAAGACCAAGCUGCACGACGACCUGCUGGCCGUGUUCGCGCUCCACGUUGCCCCCGUCAUGGACCUGCCCCGCCACCGUAUGAUCGCCGCCCUGUACCAGGUCCUGGGCUGCGUGCCAGUCUACCAUGAUAAGGUGGUGCCCCUCCUGCGGCAGCUCUGCCAAGGCCUCGAAGAAGACGAAGUGUUCGGGGCACUGACUGGGAUCACCAGUCAGCACGCCCACGUGCGCCACGCGUGCCUGGACUCCCUCGCCUCUAUCCCGUCCCUCGCCUCUAGUUCCGUUCCCCCCUCCGACGACAUCGCCUGCACGCUCUGGCUCGCCAUGCACGACCCAGUGGAAGCCAACGCCAAAGCCGCAGAAGACGUAUGGGACUUGUACAAUCACGACCUUGGGGGGGGGUACGCGCCCAAGCUAACCGCCCACUUAACCAGCCCCCACGGAAGCGUGCGGCAAGCUGCGGCGAGCGCGGUCGCGGGGGCGAUGGACGAGUACCAGGCGACGGUUCCGGAAACGCUCUCGAGCCUGUUUGCGCUGUUCAUAAGGGAGAGUCCGGUGGGGAGAGUUGCACCAGGGGGGGAUACGCGAUGGUACGGGAGGGAGGGAGUGGCGCUGACGCUGAAGGAGGGGGCGGACGUGCUCACGAACCGGGACCUGCCGGUGGUGGCGACUUUCUUGAUUUCUCGGGCGCUGGCGGACCCCAACCCGGACGUCCGCGACCGCAUGGUCGACGCCGGGUGCGCCAUCAUCAACGAACACGGCGCGGAUAACGUGGCUCUUCUCCUUCCCAUCUUCGAAAACUACCUCGACCGAAAGUCCGCCGACGAAGAACGCUACGACCUGGUGCGCGAGGGAGUGGUCAUCUUCAUGGGCGCGCUCGCGAAGCAUCUGUCGCCGGACAGUCCUAAGAUCUCGGACAUCGUGGAGCGGAUGCUAGAGGUGCUCAACACGCCGUCUGAGGCCGUACAGCGGGCGGUCUCCAACUGCCUGGCGCCGCUCAUGAAGAGCCAGCAGGCCAACGCCCCCGCGCUUGUCACCCGGUUGCUCGACCGCCUCCUCAAGAGCGACAAGUACGCGGAGCGCCGCGGCGCCGCCUUCGGCCUCGCGGGGCUCGUCAAAGGCCUCGGCAUUUCCUCCCUCCGCCAAUAUGCUAUCAUGGACACCCUCAAGGCCGGCGUCGAGGACAAGAGCCCACGCACGCGCGAGGGCGCGCUCUUCGGCUUCGAGGCGCUGUGCGAGAAGCUGGGGCGGCUGUUCGAACCGUACGUGAUCCACAUUCUGCCGCUGCUGCUGGUGUGCUUCUCGGAUCCGAUCGUGGCGGUGCGCGAGGCGACGGACAAUGCGGCGCGUGCGAUCAUGGGGCAACUCAGCGGGCAGGGGGUCAAGCUGGUGCUGCCCGCGCUCAUGAAGGGCCUGGACGACAAGGCGUGGCGCACGAAGCAGGGCAGCGUGCAGCUGCUGGGCGCCAUGGCCUACUGCGCGCCGAAGCAGCUGUCGUCGUGCCUGCCCACGGUCGUCCCCAAGCUGAGCGAAGUGCUGACCGACACGCACCCGAAAGUCCAGGCGGCCGCGCAGCGCGCGCUGCAGGAAGUGGGCAGCGUCAUCAAGAACCCCGAGAUCGCCGCGCUGGUGCCCACGAUCCUGGUUGCGGUCGCGGACCCGAACGAGCAUACCAAGACGGCGCUGGAGAUCCUGCUGCAGACGACGUUCGUGAACAGCGUGGACGCGCCGUCGCUGGCGCUGCUGGUGCCCAUCGUGCACCGGGGACUGCGCGAGCGGAGCACGGACACCAAGAAGAAGGCGGCGCAGAUCGUGGGCAACAUGUGCAGCCUCGUCAACGAGCAGAAGGACAUGAUCCCCUACCUCGAGCUUCUCCUGCCAGAGCUCAAAAAGGUGCUGUUGGACCCCAUUCCCGAGGUGCGCACUGUGGCCGCGCGCGCGCUCGGCUCGCUCAUCCGCGGCAUGGGCGAGGACAGGUUCCGCGACCUGGUCCCCUGGCUCCUCGAAACGCUCAAGUCCGAGAACAGCUCCGUCGAGCGCUCCGGCGGCGCCCAGGGUUUAAGCGAGGUUUUGGCCGCACUCGGCACCGACUACUUCGAGCGACUCCUCCCGGACAUCAUCACCAACUGCUCGCACGCGCGUCCGUACGUCCGAGACGGGUACAUCACGCUAUUCAAGUUCCUCCCCGGCGCAAUCGGGGCCAAGUUCGAGAACCACCUCGGGAAAGUGUUGCCCGCGAUCCUGGACGGGUUGGCCGAUGAAAACGAGACGGUGCGCGACGCGGCGAUGUCGGCAGGGCGUGUGCUCGUGGACUCGUUUGCGAAGACGUCGCUGCCGCUGCUGCUGCCCGCGAUCGAGGAGGGCAUUUUCAACGACAGCUGGCGGAUCCGGCAGAGCUCGGUGGAGCUACUGGGCGAUUUGCUGUUCAAGGUCGCGGGGACGUCCGGCAAGGUGCAGCUGUCCGGGGGCAGCGACGACGAGGGCGCGAGCACGGAGGCGCACGGGCGCGCGAUCAUCGAGGUGCUCGGGCGGGAAAAGCGGAAUGAGGUUCUGGCGGCGGUGUACAUGGUGCGGUCUGACGUCAGCCUGAGCGUGCGGCAAGCGGCGCUGCACGUGUGGAAGACGGUCGUGGUCAACACGCCGCGCACGCUGAAAGAGAUCAUGCCGCUCCUCAUGCGGACGCUCAUCCUCUCCCUUGCGUCCGCGUCGUCCGAGCGGCGCCAGGUGGCCGGGCGGUCGCUCGGGGAGCUGGUGCGGAAAUUGGGCGAGCGGGUUCUGCCGUCGAUUAUUCCAAUUCUGCGGAAGGGUUUGGAAGACGACAACUGGGUCACGCGGCAGGGCGUGUGUAUGGGCCUGAGCGAAGUCGUCGCUUCCGCCGGACGCCAUCAGCUGACCGCCCACAUGUCCGAACUCGUCCCGGCCGUCCGAAUUGCGCUGUGCGAUUCGUCCCCCGAGGUGCAAGAGGCAGCCGGGCAGGCUUUCAGCGCUCUGUAUAAGAACGCGGGCAUGUUGGUCGUCGACGAGAUUGUCCCCGCGCUGCUGAAAGACUUGGAAGAAGAGAGCGGGUCGGCCAGCGCGCUCGGCGGGCUGAAACAGAUCCUGAGCGUGCGGACAGCUGUCGUUCUGCCGCACGUGUUGCCGAAGCUGGUCAAGCCGCCAAUGACCGCAUUCAACGCACACGCGCUAGGGGCGCUGGCGGAGGUUGCGGGGCCGGGUUUGGCUAACCACCUCGGAACCAUCCUCCCGUCGCUGGUCGAAGGGAUGGGCGCGAUCGAGGACGCUGAGCUGGCAUCGGCCACGUCGAAAGCCGCGCAGACUGUCGCGCUUUCAGUGGACGCCGACGGGCUCGAUGCGCUGAUGUCCGAAGUCCUGCGGCUGCUGGGGGAUCCCUCGGCGGCGGUGCGGCGGGGCGCGUGCGGGCUCCUGGCGUUCUUCGCGAAGAAUACCAAGCUCGACUUGGAGGACCACACGGACGCGCUGCUGACGACCCUCAUCGUCAUGCUGACGGACCCCGACGAGGCGACCGUGAAAGCGGCCUGGGAAGCGCUGGGGGCUGUUACCGGGACGGUUCCGAAGGAGUCGAUGCCGACGUACAUCAAGAUAGUGAGGGAUGCGGUCGACAGCGCGCGGACGGUGGAGCGGCGGAAACUGAAGGGGAAGGGCGGGCCGAUUUUGGUGCCCGGGUUCUGCCUGCCCAAGGCGCUCACGCCCGUGCUGCAAGUCUUCCUUCAGGGCCUCAUGAGCGGCUCCGCAGAGCUGCGCGAGCAGGCCGCCGACGGGCUGGGCGAGCUGAUUGACGUCACGAGCGACGCGGCGCUGAAGCCGUUUGUGGUGCCCAUCACGGGCCCGCUCAUCCGGAUCAUCGGGGACCGCUUCCCGUGGCAGGUCAAGAGCGCGAUUCUGGGCACGCUAGACAUUGUGAUCACAAAGGGGGGGGUCAGCCUCAAGCCGUUCCUGCCGCAGCUGCAGACCACGUUCGUCAAGUGCCUCAACGACGGAGCCAGGACCGUCCGCUCGCGUGCCGCACGCGCCUUGGGCCGACUCAUGGGCAUGAAUCCCAAGGUGGACCCUCUGGUUAUCGACCUCAUCUCGAGCGUCCAGGCCAGCGAGGGGGGGGUAAAGGAGGCGACGCUCUCCGCGCUCCGGGGGGUGCUCAAGCACGCGGGCAAGUCUGUGUCUGCGGGGGCGUACGCGAAAGUGGUGCCCCCCCUGCGAGAGCUGCUGGGAGCGGAGGAGGACGAGUUCCGGGGGCUGGCCGCGAGGACGCUAGGGGCGCUCUCCGACCACUGCCCGGACUCCGAAUACGAAGACCUGCUCCAAAGCCUCUCUGCCACGUCAGCGGCCGCGUCAUCGCAACCCUGGACGCUGCGACACGGAACCACCCUCGCUCUCGCAUCCUUGCUGCGCCACUCAGCGGCGCGGGUCGCCGCUGCGCCUGCGCGGUUACAGGCGGUUCUGGCGACCGUCAAGCGGAGGGCCGCCGACGAUAAGGUCCCCGUCAAGGUGGCGGCAGGCAAGUGCGCGGGGCGGCUGCUGGCGCACCAAGUGCAGGCCGGGGGGGCGACCUCUCUGCAGGAGUUGCUGCCAGUGGUCGCCACGCUGCUGACGGACGAGGCCAGCGACGUGCGGAAACAAGCGCUGGCCAGUCUCAAGACCAUCGCCAAGGCGAACGUGACUUCCCUGGCUCCCUUCACUGCCCUGGUCGUUCCGCCGAUGGCCAAGUGCAUCCAGGACGGCAACACCCCGGUCAGGAUGGCGGCGGAGCGAUGCGCGCUCCAUGUGCUGCAACUGACGAAAGGUUCGGACUCGGCUGUGCAAGUAGCCCAAAAGUACAUGUCUGGUCUAGAUGCACGGAGAAUAUCCAAAAUGGCGGACACGAGCGACGUCAGCGACAGUGAGGCUGACGUGGCAGAUGAUUGAACUGGGUCUCGCUGCCAAUCCACGUUGUAAAUGCAGAGUCAGUGUAUUGCUCCAUAG